AUGGAUUCAAAGCACUCUGAGAGGAUCCAGCUGACUGCUGCUCAGUACAGCUUGUCGCUAUGUGAUGAUGGUGACUCGCUCUGGAUCUCAGCGACUUCGACUGCCUACACUGUGCCUUCUUUGGCUGAGCUCUUUGGGUUUGGCAGUGGUGACUAUGCCAAAGACAGCGAGGGGGCUGACGUCAUGAGUGACACAUCCGACACUGGCAGGUGGCUCUUGUACAAGUUCACUGAACCCAGUGAGAAUGUCAUCUUGGAAAAACAGCGAAAGACUCCUGAGCACUUGGAAAGCGCCAGCUUCUGGAAUCAGGUGAUGCCGCUGAACGAUCUGUUGAAGAGCUUGGAGAAUCACGGCGAAGUGAACUUGAAGCUUGCAGAGCAUGAUCUUUCCAAGAAUGACGCUGGCAACUUCAGCGUGGAGCCUGUUGGUGGGGUGUGCUAC